AUGGGAAAUUGUAUUAGGCGUGAGUCAUCAAACAUGGUGUGGGCUGGCGAUGAUUGGGAGUUCUCCUCAAGGGGUAGAGUAAUGGAUGAUAUUGAUGAUGAUAAGCAUGGUGAGCGAAAUGCCGGCGAUGUUAACGUAGAGAAGCGGAGGCUGCUGAGUGAAAAGGGAGGGUUUUCGAGUUCGAGUUCGUUAUCGUCGUCGUCUCCAUCGACGCGGGAGGUGAAGAUAAAGAUUUCGAAGAAGGAGCUGGAGGAGUUGGUGCAUAGAGUUGACAUGCAAGGUUUGUCUCUUAAACAAGUCUUGGAAAAGUUGAUUGAUGCUAAUAUCGAUCAUCAUCAUCAUCUAGAGCACCAACGGUCAUGGAGGCCGGUCUUACAGAGCAUUCCAGAGGUUGAUUAA